GAGCACCCAAAAAAGGAGACAAGAACCAGCUGUCUUGCAUUUAUGUACGUAUCGCUGAGUCGAGAAACGUCUAAGUGGUCUGUGAAAAGGUUUGAAGAAAACCACAACCACCUUUUACACAUUCCUGAAACUGUGCAUAUGAUGAAAUCCAACAGAAAGAUACUUGAGGCUCAGGCUAUAUCUAUUGAAAUAGCUGCUGAUUGUGGUCUAUCACUUAAGGAAUCGCACAAUCUCCUUAGUGCCCAAGUGGGGGGGACCGAAUGGUUAGGGUUUACAAUGGAGGACCAUAAAACUCAUUUGCGUACAAGAAGACAAAGGUCCUUGAAGUAUGGUGAAUCAGGGGCUCUAUUGGGAUAUUUUAAAAAGCAAGCUGCUGAGAAUCCCUAUUUUUACUAUGCAGUGCAGGUUGAUGUUGAUGAGAAGAUUACCAAUAUAUUUUGGGCUGACCAUGAGAUGAUUACAGAUUAUGGACUUUUUGGGGAUGCUAUAUCCUUUGAUACAACUUUCCGAACAAACAAAGAGGAUCGACCAUUUGCUCUUUUUGCUGGGUUUAACCAUUUCAGGAUGACAUCAAUUUUUGGUGCCGCUCUACUAUAUGAUGAAACUACUGAAUCAUUUGUGUGGUUAUUUAAAACUUUCUUGCAUGCCAUGUCUGGAAAAAAGCCUACUACCAUUUUCACGGACCAAGAUGCUGCAAUGGCUAAGGCGAUUUCAAUUGUCAUGCCCAAUAUUUCUCAUGGAUUGUGUACUUUUCACCUCAAUCAAAAUGCUUUGAAGCAUUUGGGUCACUUGUACAAGUGUGAUGAUUCAAACUUUGGCAAUGAGUUGAACACUUGUAUAUUUGGUUACAAGGAUGAAAAUGAGUUACGUGCAGCUUGGAUUUCUUUGAUUAAAAAAUACAAGUUAGAAGAUAACUUAUGGAUGAAUAAAACUUGGGAACUUCGAGAGAAAUGGGCACAUGCGUACUUGAAGUGGUCAUUCACUGCGGGAAUGCGGAGCACCCAACUUAGUGAGAGCCUAAAUGCAAAAAUCAAGAAGUGCUUAAAGUCCGAUCUUAACAUUGUUCAAUUCUUUACCCAAUUCGACACAGUUAUUGUGGAGAAGAGGUAUGAGGAAUUUAAAGCCAUAUACAAUUCUAGAGAAAAGUUGCCAAGAUUGGUGUUGAAGGAGAGUCCUUUGUUAAUCCAAGUUGCACAAUUGUACACCCCUCCUCUAUUUGAUUUGUUCCAUGGCGGACUUGACACCUCUCUUCGAUGUAAGGUGAAGCGAUGCCAUGAGUCGGAAGGACAAUUCAGUUGUGUGAUUACCAUGUAUAAAAAGGAUGUAGAGUACUUGGUGGAGGGUAGCUUUGAAAUCGAUGAGUUUGGAGACAAUAUUUGUCGAGAUGUUUGUUGUACUUGUCGAAAAUUUGAAAGUUUUGGAAUUUUGUGUUGCCAUGCAAUUAAAGGGCUUGAUAGAGUGGGUAUUAUGGAAAUUCCCGAAAGCUAUAUAUUAGGGCGAUGGUGAUUAAAUGCAAAGGAUUGUGCAUUGGAGAAGGGUAAAAGUAGAGUGGUUGAGAAUGAUCCCAAAUUACUAAAAGCGGCUCGUUUUAGGAUUCUUUGUCCAAAGAUGGUAAAGUUAGCAACUCGGUCAUGUGAAGCUCAAGAAGCAUAUGAAUUUGUGGAAGAAUCGUUGGAGUACAUGUGUGGAAAAGUGGCCAAUAUUCUUCUUGGAGAGGGAGCGGGAGGCUCCAUUGAAGUGGAAACUCAGGAAUUAGAGAAGGUUGACCCUCAAUUUGCACGAGUCAAAGGUUUGAAGAAGAAAAAAGGCUUACAAAUAAAGGGUACGAGAAGAUUAAAACCUUGGUGUGAGAAGGGUAGAAAGAGGAAGAAGAAAGUUGUUUCACAAUCUACUCACCUUGAUGGGCAUAUUGAUCACAAUGCCACCACUACAAUUGUGCAUGAUUCAUUUGACUCAACCAACGGUGAGUUAUUUUUAUUUGUGCCAAGUUACAAUGUGGUAUGUUUCUAAUGUUGCAUUUACUUGUGGAUGUGUUUUGUGUGUUAAGAUGUUGAAAUCCCAUAUGUACCACAAAUGAUGAGUUCCGAAGUUAAUUGUCAAUCAAUACCUUCAUCUUCCCAAGCAUCAUAUAAUCCAGAAACUUCUCAGGUGACGCCUAUUGAUCUAGCAAGUCAUUCUUCAAAGGGGUACUCAUUACUGGAUGAUGAUUCAUUUCUUGAAUUGUUGGGCUAUUCAGAAGAUCCCAAACAUAAUUAAAGUGUAAUGCAUGGCAUAUUUAUGGAUGAAGGGUUGAACUUUGUUUAAUGUUUAAGGAGUUCACGUGACUUUAUUUUUUGGUGAGACACUUAUCAUGGUUUUCAAUAGUACCAUUUGUCAAAUUCUAUGUAUUGGGAUCCAUAUUUUUUGUUGCUUUCAUUUUCAUGAAUGACCAGAAGCAAAUUACAAGAUCCGUUU